AUGGCAACAAGAAAUCACUCCAUGGUGACCAAGCUCAUCCUCGCGGGGCUAACAGAAAAGCCAGAACUCCAGCUCCCCAUCUUUCUUUGGUUCCUAAGAACCUAUGAGGUCACAGUGGUGGGGAACCUGGGCAUGUUCACACUGAUUGAGCUAGGUUCUCACCUGCACACCUCCAGGUACUAUUUCCUCAGCAGUUUGUCCUUCACUGAUCUCUACUAUUCCACUGUCAUUACACCCAAAAUGCUAGUGCACUUUGUGACAGAGAAGAAUGCCAUCUCCUACCCUGACUGCAUGACUCAGCUCUACUUUGCUUUUUUUAUUAUAUCAGAAUGUCAUAUGUUGGUUGUUAUGGUUUAUGAUCGCAAUGUUGGCAUGUGUAAUCCAAUGCUUUACAAUGUCACCGUGUCUUAUCGGGUCUGCUCCUGCUUAGUAAUUGAGGUAUAUAAGAUGGGCUUGAUUGGAGCCACAACUCACACAGGUUGGAUGGUAAGAGUGGUUUUCUACAAGGAUAAUAUUAACAACCAUUACUUCUGUGAUAUUUUUCCACUGGAGCUCUCAUGCUCCAGCACUUACAUCAAUGAAGUGGUACAUUUGUGUUUCAGUACAUUUAAUGUUGUUGCACCAACCUUGACCAUCCUUGGCUCCUAUGUGUCCCUCAUUGCCAGUGUCCUGUGA